AUGGAGAAUCAGACUGCUGGGGUGACGGAGUUUAUUUUGCAGGGAUUUCCUCUCAGCCGGUGGAUGGAGGUGUUGUUCCUGGUGCUGCUGCUGCCCACGUUCCUGCUGACGCUCCUGGGAAACCUGCUGAUCAUCUCCAUUGUGCUGUCCUACUCCCGCCUCCACACACCCAUGUACUUCUUCCUGUGCAACCUCUCCAUCCUGGACAUCCUCUUCACCUCCGUCAUUUCUCCAAAAGUGUUGGCCAACUUAGGAUCUGGGGAUAAAACCAUCUCCUUUGCUGGCUGUAUCACCCAGUGCUAUUUCUACUUCUUCCUGGGCACGGUGGAGUUUCUCCUGCUGACAGUCAUGUCCUAUGACCGCUAUGCUGCCAUCUGCUACCCGCUGCGGUACAGCUCCAUCAUGAGACCUUCUGUCUGCACUGGGACUGUUGUGUUCUCUUGGAUGGGAGGCUUCCUAUCUGUGCUCUUUCCAACCAUCCUCAUCUCCCAGCUGCCCUUCUGUGGCUCCAAUGUCAUUAACCACUUCUUCUGUGACAGUGGGCCCUUGCUGGCCCUGGCCUGCACAGACACCUCUGCCAUUGAGCUGAUGGAUUUCAUGCUUUCAUCCAUAGUUAUCCUCUGCUGCAUAGUCCUUGUGGCCUAUUCCUAUAUGUCCAUCAUCCUGACAAUAGUGCGCAUUCCUUCUGCCAGUGGAAGGAAGAAGGCCUUCAACACCUGCGCUUCCCACCUGACCAUAGUUGUGAUUUCCAGCAGCAUCACGGUGUUUAUUUAUGUGACUCCCUCCCAGAAAGAGUACCUGGAGAUCAACAAGAUCCCCUCAGUCCUGAGCAGUGUGGUGGCUCCAUUCCUCAACCCCUUUAUAUACACUCUCAGGAAUGACACGGUGUUGGGGGUCCUUAAGGAUGUGUGGGUCAGGGUUCAGGGAGUUUUGGAAAAGAGGAUGAGGACAAUGCCGAGGAGCAGAUUGUCUUCCAACAAAGACCACAGAGGAGGGACUAAUUGCUCUUCCUCUUCGCUAUCAUGUGCCCUUUGUGCAAAUUCCCAGUAUUAA